CGCUCGUCACUCUCUCCGUCAAUCGCGAAACGGCGGUACAAAACCCAUAUGUACUGCCACCAUCUCCGACGAGCCUUCCUGAAUUCAACCCGAACAGUCGUCGCUGCCGCCUCUCCCUCUUCCCGCCGCCGACUCCUCCUCCGUAGCUUCUUAGGUCGAAUCCUCCCUUCCUGCUUUUCAUAACUAUACCAGAGAGUACUUGGCUAAGUAUCCUUUCAUUCAGGUCCUCACAACUCAGUCACUGUGCAUUUUGCAUCACAAAGUUCACUGCAACUUCCAAGUGGAGUCUGUAAUUCUGCAUUGCUCUGCGAACUUUUCGCUGAAGGUUGAUGACGUUCCACUCAGUGAAGUGUCCAGUGUCAUUGCCAACUACCACCUCUGCGUGGUGAAGAACAUGCGGCUGGAUUCAAAUGUCCUGUCGCGGGCGAAUCGGAUGAAGCUCGUGAUGCAAUUUGGUGUGGGGCUUGAAGGUGUCGACAUUGAUGCUGCUGCAACAUGUGGGAUCAGAGUAGCUAGAAUCCCAAGUGAUGUGACUGGAAAUGCGACAUCUUGUGCAGAGAUGAGUAUAUAUCUGAUGUUGGGUCUUCUUCGCAAGCAGCACGAGCUUCAAACUGCAGUGCAGCAAAAAAAGCUUGGAGAACCAAUUGGUGACACUUUAUUUGGCAACACGGUAUUCAUUUUGGGAUAUGGAAAUAUAGGGAUUGAGUUGGCUAAGCGAUUGAAGCCAUUUGGUGUGAGAAUUAUUGCCACGAAGAGGAAUUGGGCGCUGCAUUCUAAUGGUGGCAUCAUACAUGAUUUGGUUGACGAGAAGGGUAGUCAUGAAGAAAUUCACAAGUUUGCUGGCAAGGCCGACAUAGUUGUUUGCUGCUUAUGUAUGAACAAAGAAACAGCAGGUAUAGUAAACAAUUCAUUCUUAUCUUCAAUGAGAAAGGGUUCCCUUUUGCUAAACAUUGCUCGAGGAGGCUUACUAGAUUACUCAGCUGUUUUCGACCACCUUAAGUCGGGACACUUAGGCGGCUUGGGCAUUGACGUUGCAUGGACUGAGCCAUUCGAUCCUGAUGAUCCAAUUUUAAAGUUCAACAAUGUCAUCAUCACUCCACAUGUAGCAGGGGUUACAGAACACUCGUACAGAUCAAUGGCUAAGGUCGUCGGAGAUGUCGCCCUUCAACUACAUGCAGGGUAUCCUUUGACUGGCAUCGAGCUUGUGAGCUAACGAAAGCUUACGAUCGACUUCCCAGUUAUAUCUUCAACACGGCAGGGGGCUUUCCCAGGUGCACACUAGUGAUAAUUUAUCAGUAGGCCAAUGAACUGAACUUCUGUGAUUAUCAUUUGCAUUUUUACCAGUUUUAUCUUUUUAUAGUACACUGUCAUUGCACUAGACUGUAUUGCAGUUUACCAGUUUCAACUUCAUUGAUCUCCCUUUCAAAUAUUGCGUGGCUAAUGUGGUAGUGUUCAAAAUGUGUAAUUACAAUAUUACAUGUGGGAUAAUAAAAGGAACUGUUAAUCUAACCGAUUCACUUGGUGGUGUGGUCUGUAAAUAAACCAGGAUUGCACGAACAACUCUAGGUGUUGAUGUUCUAACGUCUUUCCUUAUUCACCAAGCUCUAAAGUUACAAGAAUUUGUUUACUCGAUUUGUAGAUUGAUAACCCAAUAAUGUGAAUGGUUAUUUAUAAGGAUUCCUGUUGAUAAUGAUUCGGAUUAAAUGGUAGCAAAUUCCAUGUUUAGUAUCGAAACUUUUCUUGUGGUGGAAUCAGUGAUCACCUGCUGGAGGGUAACUACUCCACAUUGGCUGAUGGCAAAAUUGAAAUUUAAUUAAAACAGAAAUAAACCAACUACCAUUUUUGUCGCUCAGAAACUCGAUCAGAAUGAGGUAGGAACCAGGAAAGCUUAAAAUUAGCAAUUACUGGGGGAAAAGCUUAAAUUAUGAGUUGUAAGAUCCAAUGACUAUUCUUUUGGCAAACAAAUUUUGUAUCGAGAAAUUUCAAAACUACAAAUCUGAGUCGUCGCAACUGGCUGAGUGGCUGUAUUAGACAGCUGGAUAAUCAUUGUUUUAUAAGAAGACUUUAUGUUUACAGGUCUUGAUUAUCCAAAAAAAAAAAAUAAGACUGCUAUGUUCUUUCUUUUGUCAUAAUAAAAGGCUUCAAAUAACUGGCGCAUAGCCUAACUGGCUAAUUUGCUGGUGUUACCUAAUAAAAAGGCUUCAUGUUUCUUUCUUUCGGUCGUAAUAAGAAAGAAAUAUAUGCUUUUUUUUCCAUAGUUAUCCUCAAAUGAAAGCAUUAUAGAUAAUCAUUGUUUUAUAGUUUUGAAGGGUUAUAAGAAGACUUCAUGUUUACAAGGUCUGAUUAUCCAAAAAAAUAAGACUCCUAUGUUCUUUCUUUUGUCAUAAUAAAAAGUCUUCGCGUUUCUUUGUUUUUGCCGUAAUAAAAAAGAACCAUAUGU